UUACAACACAGAGGCAGGUCUAUCAGCAAUGCAUCUUGACCAACUAUAAUUUUGGCAGGAGGCCUUACUCGAUCCUCCCAGGUAGCUUCCAACACAGACACUGAGGAAUGCAGACCUGCAGGUCUGGAAGAGGCAGUAAUAGAAAUGCAGAGUAAGGUGGAGAUGGGCCUAGAAGAAAGAGGUAUGAUUCUGAAAGGGACUAGGAGUGAGAGGCAGAUUCAGAGAAACUCAGAGGGACACAGAGAGACACAAAUAGAAGUGGAAACAUGGUGUCUAUAAGCCCUCUUGUAAAAUAGUCAAGAUAUUUGUCAAGUGAAGGAGGUGAGAUGAUUGAAAUAAAGGUGUGUGGGAAAGAGCACAGGCCUUGGCAUUAGACUGCCCCAGUGCUCUGGGUGUGUGUGUUCCUGGUUCAUUUACUUAAUAACACUGAGCCCCAGUUUCCCAACCAUAAUAUGCGUAUAGUAUUAGUACCUUCCGUACAGCCUUCCUGAUAGAAUUUAAUGAAAUAUUGUGUGUAAAGUUCUUAACAUGGCAGUCAGAAUACAGGAGGUACUCAAUAAAUGCUAGGCCCCUUCUUUAACUUCCUCUACUUGAAGGGAUCCUUCAUUUAACAAUUUUUAAAUACUCUGUGAGUGUGAGGCACUGUACUAUGAAUAAAAAUAUGAAAUAGUUGAUGCCCUCAAGGAGCAAGGAGGGUUAGCUGGAGACACAGAUGUGUAAAUGAAAUAAAACAGAAUGUUCUGGAAGCCACCAAGUGGUUGAAGUGAUAAACAUGUUCAGUGAGAGAACUCCUAGGUUUCUAGCCUUGGAUGGUGACAUUCAACAGAUAGGGAAAAUUGGAAGAGGAGCAGGUGUUUUGUUUUGGGGGGCAGGGAAGAAUAGCAAGUUCAUUUAUGGACAUGUUGAAUUUGACCAAUGGAACUACCAAAGGCAAUAUUCCUGCCUUGAGUGGAAGUUGGAAUCUAUCAUCUCUAAAGUCUCUUCCAAUUCUAAGAUUCUAUGAUAUAUGUACAUUUUAAUUGUUUUACUUUUUCAUCUCUAUAGGUGAAUGCUGAUAGAUGUUAUAAGCUACAAAAUACUAGCCAACAAUUUCCAAGCUCUUGUAAAAUAAGAACACCACACACCUCACUUUAAAAAAAAGUGGUUAUACAAACAUCUAAACUUAUCAAACCAACUGAGAGUGACCGUUUUACAAAAAGAUUCUUCACUUUUACAGUCCAAUUUCCUAUAGAUUUCCAUUAAAUAGCUAGUUAGUUCAGUGCACUUAAAAGGUUUGAUUUAGAAACAGCUUUUAGGGAUACAUCUAUUGUACUUAUGCACAAUGUAUAAUUGUACUCAGUAUUUAAGUUUCCUGUGAGAGGGCUAUGCAGAUGUCUCUGACAGAUGACAAAACCUGAACAAAUACCAGUGGCGGAAUCAAACUUUCAAGCCCUGAUGAGAGUCUCGGGUGAUAGUGAGAUGAUGAACAAAAGUUAUUCAAAAGCAAAAGAUGCCUUUCUCUUUCCUAUAAAUAAGAUUAACACUUUAAACCAACAAAAUAUAUUUUAUACUUUUCAUAUUUUAAUAUUUUUCCUAUUUGUCUCUAGUAACUCAGUUUACUAGAAAUAGGAUGGAACAGAAAUUUCCAUGUGUGGUAACAGGAAGUAAUUCAAGUUCACACAUCUGAAGAACUUAUUAUCCUGUGCUGAGAACUACAUUUUUCUAAAGCUCUCUCUUCUCUUUUUAUGCAGGCUCUGAGAAUGGGAUCAUUUCAAGAACUAGAGAGUUAGUUUCAAAUAUGGCCUUGUUUUCCUUCCACUAGAUGUGAAAUAGGAGCAGCCUCUGUAUUUUAACUGGAAGUAAAAUAGAGAACAAUAUUGGAGAAUGGAGACUGAGAAUUUGGCAGGGCCUCAGGUGCAUCAUAGUCCAGGACAAGAGAUGUCAGUGGAGAGGGUGUGUGAGAGACUGAUCCGCACCAGUGUGGUGAAAGCCCAGCCUCUGCGGUUCUUAAUGCCUCAGCAGGAUUAUUUUCACUAAAGAUGGAAACACUGGAGUCUGAAUUGACCUGUCCAAUCUGCCUAGAGUUGUUUGAAGACCCCCUUCUGCUCCCUUGUGCUCACAGCCUCUGCUUCAGCUGUGCCCAUCGCAUCUUGGUCUCGAGCUGCAGCUCUGGUGAAUCCGUUGAACCCAUUACUGCUUUCCAGUGUCCUACGUGCAGGUAUGUUAUCUCACUGAACCACCGGGGCCUGGACGGCCUCAAGAGGAAUGUGACUCUGCAGAACAUUAUUGACCGCUUCCAGAAGGCUUCCGUCAGUGGACCCAAUUCCCCAAGUGAGAGCCGCCGGGAGAGGACUUACAGGCCCAGCAGCGCCAUGUCUAGUGAGCGAAUUGCUUGCCAGUUUUGUGAGCAGGACCCGCCAAGGGAUGCAGUGAAAACAUGCAUCACCUGCGAGGUCUCCUACUGUGACCGUUGCCUGCGGGCCACGCACCCCAAUAAGAAACCUUUCACCAGCCACCGCCUGGUGGAACCAGUGCCAGACACACAUCUUCGAGGGAUCACCUGCCUGGACCAUGAGAAUGAGAAAGUGAACAUGUAUUGUGUAUCUGAUGACCAAUUGAUCUGUGCCUUAUGCAAACUGGUGGGGCGUCACCGAGACCAUCAGGUCGCGUCCCUGAAUGAUCGGUUUGAGAAGCUCAAGCAAACUCUGGAGAUGAACCUCACCAACCUGGUUAAGCGCAACAGUGAACUAGAAAAUCAAAUGGCCAAGCUAAUACAGAUCUGCCAGCAGGUUGAGGUGAAUACUGCUAUGCAUGAGGCAAAACUUAUGGAAGAAUGUGACGAAUUGGUAGAGAUCAUCCAGCAGAGGAAGCAAAUGAUUGCUGUCAAAAUCAAAGAGACAAAGGUUAUGAAACUGAGAAAGUUGGCACAGCAGGUUGCUAAUUGCCGCCAGUGUCUCGAACGCUCAACGGUCCUCAUCAACCAAGCUGAGCAUAUCCUGAAAGAAAAUGACCAGGCGCGGUUUCUCCAGUCUGCAAAAAAUAUUGCUGAGAGGGUCGCUAUGGCAACUGCAUCUUCUCAAGUUCUGAUUCCAGACAUCAAUUUUAAUGAUGCCUUUGAAAACUUUGCUUUAGAUUUUUCCAGAGAAAAGAAACUGCUGGAGGGGCUAGAUUAUUUAACAGCCCCAAACCCACCAUCUAUCCGAGAGGAACUCUGUACUGCUUCCCAUGACACCAUUACAGUCCACUGGAUCUCGGAUGAUGAGUUCAGCAUCAGCUCCUAUGAGCUUCAGUACACCAUAUUCACUGGCCAGGCUAACUUCAUCAGUAAGUCAUGGUGUAGUUGGGGCCUGUGGCCAGAGAUAAGGAAAUGUAAGGAAGCAGUAAGCUGCUCAAGAUUGGCCGGGGCGCCACGAGGCCUGUAUAAUUCCGUGGAUAGCUGGAUGAUUGUGCCCAACAUCAAACAGAACCAUUACACAGUUCACGGACUUCAGAGUGGGACACGCUACAUCUUCAUUGUUAAAGCCAUAAACCAAGCAGGCAGCCGGAACAGUGAGCCUACCCGACUCAAAACAAACAGCCAACCCUUUAAACUGGAUCCCAAAAUGACUCACAAGAAGUUGAAGAUCUCCAAUGAUGGACUGCAGAUGGAGAAGGAUGAAAGCUCUCUGAAGAAGAGCCAUACCCCAGAGAGGUUUAGUGGCACAGGAUGCUAUGGGGCAGCAGGAAAUAUAUUCAUUGACAGUGGCUGCCACUACUGGGAGGUGGUCAUGGGUUCCUCAACAUGGUAUGCAAUUGGCAUUGCCUACAAAUCAGCUCCCAAGAAUGAAUGGAUUGGCAAGAACGCCUCCUCAUGGGUCUUCUCUCGAUGCAAUAGUAACUUCGUAGUCAGACAUAACAACAAGGAAAUGCUGGUGGAUGUGCCACCACAGUUGAAGCGUCUGGGUGUCCUUCUGGAUUAUGACAACAACAUGCUGUCUUUCUAUGACCCAGCUAACUCUCUCCAUCUUCAUACUUUUGAUGUGACCUUCAUUCUUCCAGUUUGUCCAACAUUCACAAUCUGGAACAAAUCCCUGAUGAUCCUGUCUGGCUUGCCUGCCCCAGAUUUUAUUGAUUACCCCGAGCGGCAGGAAUGCAACUGCAGGCCUCAAGAAUCCCCUUAUGUUUCUGGGAUGAAAGCUUGCCAUUAAGUUUCAAGAGAGCAUAUAAUUCACUGGCUCUCCAGUUCAGCAGUUCUUCCCCUCCUAAACCUCAGAUAGUGUCCAAUAUACAAGAUACAAAAAUAAAGUUCACUUGAAGCAUCCAAAAUAACUAGAUAUUAUAGAUUUAAUUUUUGUGCAUUAAAGCUUGUAUUUGAAUUAA